UUUCGUCUGUCCGCACGUCGUCGCACUUCGACCGCCCUUCGAUGAAUGCAGCGGGGUAAUAGCGCAUUGCACCACACACAACAUUCGUGUAACCAUCGUCGUGUGCGUCUGAGUUCGUGCGCCAUCCCUGAUUGCCCCUAUGGCCGACGCUGAACGCCUUAUGCCCGGUCCUGAGGGCAAAACCCCUCGAUUUUAUGAUGUGGAUCGUGGAGUGAAGACGGAGAGCUAUAUUACGGCUGUUUCGAGAAAUCCCGUUCCGCCAAUUCAACCACCAUCGAAGGGUGUCAUCAGCUAUAGCAAGGUAAACGACGAUGUCGCUGUCGAACCAGAUGGAAUCGCUCGUGAGCCCAAGCCUCAAGCAUCCGGUCUUACAGAAGAAGAGCUUGAAGUUUACAGAGACGAUCCAACUUGGAAGACGAUUAGGAUGGUGCUCUUCGUGCUUUUCUGGCUGGUGUGGAUUGCUUUAUUUGUGAUUUCAAUUCUGCUCGUCGUGCUCAGUCCCGGCUGCGUUGUGCGAUCGAAACCGAACUGGUGGCAAACUGCUGUCGCUUAUAAUGUAUGGGUUCCAUCGUUUCAAGACUCUGACGGAGAUGGCUAUGGCGACAUGCAGGGACUCCUUGACCGCCUUGAAAACUUGAGAAAGAGCGGUGUUCAGACCGUCUGGCCAUCACCAUUUUUGAUCAGUGAUAAUUUCUCGAAUGCUGUGCGUAGCUACAGCCAAAUGGAUCCUGCACUUGGAGCAAAUCAGGUUGCUGACAAAGCGAUCAGUGAAAUUCAUGACAAAGGCAUGAAAUUUGUUAUCAACAUGCCUAUUUCCACAACUUCUACUGAACACGAAUGGUUUAUGAAAUCAUCAAGAGCAUCUCUUCCUGAAAAUAGGAAUUAUUCUGGAUUCUAUCAUUGGGCUUCGAAAGGAGCAGAUGACUAUUUCACCAAUUAUAAAGGAGUGUACUAUAUGCACGAAAAGGGCAAUAAAAAUUCGGCAAUUUUGAACUGGCAGAACUCGGAUCUUCGCGCUCAUAUGUUUGAAGUGCUCUCAUCAUGGAUUGAUCGCGGUGUAGACGGCUUUCAUUUGACUGGUAUUGAAUAUCUGGCAAGAACUCCUGAUGGAUCAGAACCGGAUUGGUCAGCAAUCUCAGAUGUUAUCGGCGACAUAAGAAAUCAUGUGGAUUCUUAUACAAAUGAAAGCACAAAAGCGGGUGGCAAGAAAAUUGCUCUUUUCGCAUCUCGAGAAGAAGCUAAGGAGAAGGACAAGAAGCAGUUGGUGCAAAGUGGUCUCGAUACGGUUAUUAAUUAUGAAUUGACCAGGGUGGAAAAGAAUUCUGAAAUCUGCCAUAGAACUGAAGGUACGAUUGCAACUUGUGUACAUGAAAUACUAUCAGAUAUAUUGCUAUUCCAUUCUAAUAAUCCCGCCGUUUGGCCACAGUGGGAGUUUGGUAACCAGUACAUUUCUCGUAUCGCAUCGCGUGUGGAAAGUCGAGCACAUGCUGAGCUUCUGCUAAUGCUACAGCUGAUUCUACCUGGCACGAAUAACUUCUACUAUGGUGAUGAACUUGGAAUGAAGAAUCUCCCGAAUGACUCAAGAGUUCCUCCACAACGUGGUGCUAUGCAAUGGGAUGACUCGCAAUUUGCCGGCUUUUCAAGCAAUGCAAAAAUUCCAGUGAACUCGGAUUACAAGAAUAUUAACUGGGAACGCCAAUAUGGCCAGGAGCAAUCUUCGCUGAAGAUGUUCUCAAAACUGAGCAAGUUACGAACCAGAGACGAUGCACUGAUGUCUGGACAGACUCUGAUGGGGAAGUUGAUUGACGGCGCAUUCACAGUUGUACGCUUUUAUCAUCACGACAAUGCCACUACAGGAAAUGUCUAUGUUGGAGCUUUUAACUUUUCGCCGAAUACGGUCAGUCUACCGCUUAACGAUCUACCAGUGAACGAGGGUCUGAAAAAGAGUCAGAUAGUGACAACGACGUCUAAUGUGGAACGAUACUAUCCGCGUCAAACUGUCGACUUCGGCUCGAAAACUAUAGAGCUUCACAAAGAUGAAGGUGUUGUGUUUAGAUAUUCAGCCGGUAAAUAAGCAUAGAGUGGCAUAAAGCAUAUCUUAUGUUUAAUAUUUUCUUGCCGUUCAUUUUCAUCAACUAGAACUUGCACAAAAAUUAUUUAUAGAUAGUGGUGCUUGACAGCCUUUUCUGAUUUUAUUUUGCUUUGGAUAGUUUCAAUAAAUAUGUGAGGAU